AUGAUUAAGAUGAACACUUCUGAUAGGUAUAGUCGUUUGAGUCACCAAAUAUUUGCAUCAUCCCUACGAAAUGAAGAAGCGCUAAACUAUAAUAAUUAUGAAGUGGAAUCGGUAAAGUAUACGAAAUGGGUAAACAAAGUAAUGCAGAGGUUAUUGUCCAACAAUAGGGUUGACCUCAUGAAGAUGAUGGAACUGGACAAAUUGCACGAAUGUGAGCUGGAUUUUCUCAAAUCAGCAGUUUCAUACUUAUCGUAUGUAUCUGGACUGUACCAUACAGAAGAACGUAAAUCGUUAUCCCUACUCAAAAGAUGGGCUGGGUAUCCAAUAACUGAGGAUCUAAACGCAGUGGAUUCCGCUAAAGAAAUAUACAUUAGCAGAGCUAUAUUCAAAAAUACACUGUUGAAAUUAUUCAUAAAUAAGACUAGAGAUUAUAGAGUUGUGCAAAUGAAGGAAUUUUUGAAUGGACACCCACCUACGUCGGCGAUAGAAAUGUAUAAUAAUACAACUGAGAAAAUAAAGCAUGCAGAUAUAUCUAGUGUCAGUCCUAGAGUCUAUCAAGAAUGUACAGGGGUGAAGUCAAGUCCGACCAAAAAUACAAGAUUUGUACCAAAGUAUGAAUACUCUCCAAAAACUACCAUUGGAAGAUUAAAACAAAUCCUAGACACACCAGACACCCCUAAAGAUUUUUAUAAUCUGGAAAUAUGUGAAAAUGAAUUUAAAACCAGUAAAAAGGCUGUAACACCACAUGUGGAUUUGGAAUAUAAAACCUCGCAUAUCAAGACUGAUAUCAGUAAAGAAUACCCAAAGUAUAUCAUGCAAACUAGCAAAAACAUUGACCCAAGUAUAUACUAUAUCAAGCCAAAUAGCAUUUUCUAA